AAAGCCAUUGUCGCUUGAAAAAUCAACUACACCUCAGCAUACACAAAAACUUUUGGCCCAAAUCGAUACAAAAUUUCAACUGCCCAGCCUUAUUUCUCUUCCAGUAUCCAAGUCUACAAGCGAGGAGCGAUUGACGACUCAAAAAAGCAAUAGCCCGCAAAAUUAACACAACAAUCUGGCAGCUACGAACCAACCGAAUUUUAACUAUAGCGUCUGCGAUACCUCUGCAAAGUCAACGCGAUCAGUAUUUGUUUUCAAGACACGCGUCUGAAAGCGAAGAAAAAACGUGAAAUCGUCGGAAAAGCAGAAUUUUCCAAGCCCAGCAGAGUUGCAAAGUGCUUGUAAUUGUCGUGGCACAAGCAGGCCGAUACGGAAACGUCUCAGUUUCAAGCCGAACAAAGGAACUCUGUGCGAGAGUAGGAGAAAAGAGAAAGAAAGAAAUCGAAAAAGUACAGAACCCAGACAUCGUUCCAAAUUUUACACGAGAACGCAGUAGCUUGUGGAACGUAAGAAGUAGUAGUCGGAAAAACUAAGAAAAAUCGUAUAGACACAAAGUGCAACACAAACACAACGAUCAUAUACAUUUUUUUGUCGGAAAUUGCAAGUGUGCACCCCAAAAAACGCAGCGUAACCUUUGCAAAAUUUUCCUAAACGGAAAGCAAGAAAAAAAAAGCAACUGAUUGGAGGAUAAUAUGAGUAAUGCUAUUAACCAAAAUGGCACAGGUCUAGAGCAGCAAGUUGCUGGUCUGGACUUGAAUGGCGGCUCGGCUAACUAUAGCGGCCCCAUAACAAGCAAGACUUCCACUAACUCUGUCACCGGUGGUGUGUAUGUGCCCCCGCAUCUUCGUGGUGGUGGUGGCAACAACAACGCAGCGGACGCAGAGAACCAGGGCCAAGGACAAGGUCAGGGCCUCGACUCGAGAGCCGCGAAUCCGCGCCAGGACAGCAGGGAUCCGCAGCAGCCUCGCGGCGGAGGCGAAUACCGCAGGGGCGGCGGCGGCAAUCGCGGCUUCAAUCGCCAGAGCGGUGACUACGGCAGCUUUGGUAGCGGAGGAGGCGGACGACGUGGAGGUGGUCGCUACGAGGAUAACUACAACGGUGGUGAAUUCGACUCUCGGCGCGGCGGUGACUGGAAUCGCAGCGGAGGUGGUGGAGGUCGCGGCUUUGGUCGUGGACCCUCAUAUCGCGGCGGAGGUGGUGGAAGCGGAAACGCUCUCGACGAGCAGACUGGUGAGGACGGCCAGCAGCAGCAACCGCAGCAGCCGCGCAAUGAUCGCUGGCAGGAGCCAGAGCGCUCUGCCGGGUUCGAUGGCGGGGAGGGAGGACCACCCGGCGGCGGUGGCGGCAACAGAAGCUACAACAACCGGGGAGAGCGCGGAGGCGGCGGCUACAAUAGCCGGUGGAAGGAGGGCGGCGGAGGCAACGUCGACUACACAAAGUUGGGAGCUCGGGACGAGCGCCUGGAACAGGAGCUGUUCGGCGUGGGCAACACGGGAAUCAAUUUUGACAAAUACGAGGAUAUACCCGUGGAGGCGACGGGUCAGAAUGUACCCCCGAACAUCACAUCGUUCGAUGAUGUGCAGCUGACGGAGAUCAUCCGCAACAACGUGAACCUAGCACGUUAUGACAAACCGACACCGGUGCAGAAGCACGCUAUCCCGAUCAUAAUCAGCGGCCGAGACUUGAUGGCUUGCGCUCAAACUGGAUCUGGCAAGACGGCCGCCUUUCUGGUGCCGAUUCUUAACCAGAUGUACGAGCACGGACACUCGGCUCCGCCGCAGAGCAACAGGCAGUACAGCCGGCGCAAGCAGUAUCCGUUGGGUCUGGUGCUGGCGCCAACCCGCGAGCUGGCCACCCAGAUCUUUGAGGAGGCCAAGAAGUUCGCCUACCGUUCCCGGAUGCGCCCUGCGGUGCUGUACGGAGGCAACAAUACCAGCGAGCAGAUGCGCGAACUGGACCGCGGCUGCCACUUGAUUGUAGCUACACCUGGUCGCCUGGAAGAUAUGAUCACGCGUGGCAAGGUGGGGCUGGAGAACAUCCGGUUCCUAGUUCUCGACGAGGCGGAUCGCAUGUUGGACAUGGGCUUUGAGCCACAGAUCCGUCGCAUUGUCGAGCAGCUGAACAUGCCGCCCACGGGGCAACGCCAGACGCUUAUGUUCUCGGCCACAUUCCCUAAGCAGAUCCAGGAACUGGCCAGCGAUUUUCUCAGCAACUACAUCUUCUUGGCUGUGGGUCGUGUGGGCUCCACCUCCGAAAACAUUACGCAGACGAUUCUGUGGGUCUACGAGCAGGACAAGCGCUCCUAUUUGCUGGAUUUGCUCUCGUCCAUCCGCGAUGGCCCCGAAUACUGUAAGGACAACCUGACUUUGAUCUUUGUUGAGACGAAGAAGGGUGCCGACUCGCUGGAGGAGUUCCUGUACCAGUGCAACCAUCCGGUGACCAGCAUUCACGGCGAUCGCACCCAGAAAGAGCGGGAAGAGGCCCUACGCUGCUUCCGAUCCGGCGACUGCCCCAUCCUGGUGGCUACCGCUGUGGCCGCCCGUGGCCUGGACAUUCCGCAUGUGAAGCAUGUCAUAAACUUUGACCUGCCGUCGGAUGUGGAGGAGUACGUCCACCGGAUCGGUCGUACUGGUCGUAUGGGUAACCUCGGAGUUGCCACAUCAUUUUUCAAUGAGAAAAACCGCAACAUUUGUUCCGAUUUGCUGGAGUUGUUGAUUGAGACAAAGCAAGAGAUUCCAAACUUCAUGGAGGACAUGAGCUCGGAUCGCGGCCACAGCGGUGUCAAGCGGCGCGGAGGUGGCGGAGGACGGUACGGCGGCGGCUUUGGCUCAAGGGAUUACCGUCAGAGUUCCGGCGGCGGUGUAGGUGGGGGCGGUGGACGUAGCAGCGGACCGCCUCGGAGCGGUGGAUCUGGAGCCGGCGGUGGAGGGAACUACCGCAGCAAUGGCAACUCGUAUGGCGGAAACUCUGGAGGCGGCGGAUUCUAUGGCGGCGGUGGAGGUGGCGGAUCCUACGGUGGCUCUUAUGGUGGCGGUGCCUCGCACUCGAGCAACGGACCCGAUUGGUGGGGUCAAUGAGCAAGGCCCCAGCCUCAGCUUCAGGCGAACUUCCUGGGCCAUCAGCAUCAGCACCAGCAGCAGCAUCAGCAGUCGUCGCCCCGUAGUCACUUUCGCAACUAACACUAACUGGAGAAUACAAAGUCGAUAAGAACUAUAUUUGUAUAUCCACACGCACGUGUAUACAAUAUAUAGGAACAGCAAAUGUGAAGGAGAAACUGUCUGUACGCAGCGCAACACAAAACAAAACACGAAAAAUAUACAAAAGCUAAAACAACAGAAACAGAGUCGGGCACCCUCCACCUCCACCCCUUACCAAUAAUUUACUCUCACAACCUUUAAGCCCAGGAGCGAGCAUUCAUAAUAAAUUGUGCAAAUCCAACGCGAAAGUAUAUUACAUUCAUGAAUAGGCAGCCCAAAAACAAGACUCCGGUCCGCACUCCCCAUCCCCAUCAUCGGUCUAUAUUAUGGAAUCAAGAGUAUAUAUCGAUGGAUAUGCAUACAUACAUAUUACAAAUAUGAUAAACACAACCACAGAAAUAUUAAGAAUAUUUAAGCAACAGAUACAAUUUGAAUUUUUGUCCAUAAGUUGUAACACUUCUCUCAAACAUUUUCUUGAAAUUCUUUAAUACAAACAAAUAUAUAGACUACUAUAUACUGUGUCGAUAUCAGAUCAAGAUGAUGAAAGCGCAAACCUUGAACUUCAAUUGAUGAUUUUAAACGACAAGAAACCAUAAAAUAGUAAUAAAUAUAUAUAUAAUAAAAUAUAUAAAUCGAGAUAUAUAAUGUACUAUAUGAAGCGAGAAACCAACACAAAACAAAAAAUAUUAAAAAACGAAGUUUGCUAAACUUAAAUCUAAAAAUUUAGCAAAUGAAAAAGA